AUGUCUGCCCUGAACGUGUCCCUGGCCUUUUUCCUGGGGACCUUCACCCUCUGCGAGGCGGCCAGGAGGGCGUGUAGGCUCCUGCUCCCAGCGGGCGCCUACGCCAGCUUCGCCCGGGAGGCAGUGGGGGCUGUCCAGCUGGCAGCCUGCUGCCUGGAGCUGAGGGUGCUGGUGGAGCUGGGCCCGUGGGCCGCGGGCCUGGGCGCCGACCUGCUGCUGACGCUUCUCUUCCUCCUCUUCCUGGGGCAUGGCGCGUCCCUGGACGGGGCCUCGGCCAACCCCACCGUGGCUCUGCAGGACCUCCUCCUGGCCGAGGCCACCGUGCCCGGCACGCUGCUGAAGCUGGCGGCUCAGGCGCUGGGCAUGGCGGCGGCCUGCGUGCUGGCCCGGCGCUGCUGGUCCUGGGAGCUCAGCUCUCUGCACGUCUUCCAGAACCUUCUGGCCCCGGACUGCAGCUCGGCCCUGCGCACAUCUGUGCCCCACGGUGCCCUGGUGGAGGCCUCCUGUGCCUUCGCCUUCCACCUGACCCUGCUCCGGUUCCGCCACAGCCCUCCCGUCCACAGGGUGCCGGCCGUGGCUCUGCUGGUCACUGUCCUGGCCUACACAGCUGGGCCCUUCACAUCUGCCUUCUUCAACCCCACGCUGGCCUCCGCCAUCACCUUCCGCUGCUCGGGGCACACCUUGCUGGAGUACGCCCAGGUGUACUGGCUGGGCCCUCUGACAGGGAUGGUCCUGGCUGUCCUCCUGUACCACGGGAACCUCCCCCGGCUUUUCCAGAGGAACCUGCUCUACAGUCAGAAAAGCAAGUAUCGAACCCCCAGAGGGAAGCCAGCCUCAGGGCCUGGGCACCCCCAGACUCCCACACAGGGACGGAGUGCGCCAGGGCAGCCUGUGCGUCCCAGCUGA